UAUUAAGCAACUUCUUGUUUAUCGAUUUCAAAAAUCAUGAUAACUACCUGUGUAUGUAUGUAUGUAUGUAUUUAUGAAAUUCGUAAGAAACACAUUAAUAUCUAAAUACCUGUUCAUAUAUACACGCAAGAAGCGAGGUGAAUAUAUUACAGGUGUGAAAGGAGUUUCACUCGGAGUUUACGUGUGAAUGUAUAUUUAAUGGGAUAGAAAAAGAAAUAAGGAUCAGUUAAAGUAGGGGAAAACAGAAAGAUAGACAGAGAGAGAGAGAGAGAGAGAGAGAGAGACAGUAAGUUAUGAGGAAAAGAAGAGAGGUAAAUAAUGGUUUGGCGAGCUCGAUAUUCCCUCACGAAAGACAGUCGCAAAAUCGCAUGCGCGGUAACCACAACAUGCACCAAUUUUGAAAUUCAAUGGUAAGAAUAAAGUGAAUAAUAAUAUUCAUAAAAAAGUAAAAAUAAAAAGGGAACAAGUUGAUAAGAAUUCGCAAAUGAUUGAAAUGCCGGUGGAAUCUUCGAUAUACUGGAACUCGUUCGAUUCUCAGAGGACUACUUCCGGUGGAAGUUCGAACAAUAGUGAUCGUCAUUACGUCGAUCCAUGGGAUUUAGAAAAUUAUGCUUAUCUUAGACGAUAUAGUAUUAAUGUUCCAACGCAGCGUUAUCAACAGGAACGACAAACUUCUUAUCAAUCCGAAUAUUGGUAUAGCCAAUCAUUAAGAGAAGCACAGUAUAGUAUACCAAGUUUAACACAGAAGUUCUACAGUGACUCGUCCUGCAGAAUGGAAAACAAUGCCUACCAUUAUCAUCGUCAUCCCAUCUAUGAAGAUGAAGUUACAAAUUGUGUUCCUUCUUAUUCCCUCUACACACCUAUUUCUGCUCUAGCAUCUUGCGAAAUGAUGGAAAAUUAUUCGAUAUCGGAUUAUGAUUACAGAUCCGUAGAUGAAAGCUCGCAAACACGCACAAAUACAAAUUCGAGAUAUACACAAAAUUAUUCUCGUCAGUAUAUGCCGAAUGACAGCGUACGACACUUAGAGAAAUUGCAGUAUAACGUGGAAGAAUAUUAUGCAGGAAUGUCUCCGGUGGAAGAUAAUUAUAUGACACAUAUGAUGACACCAUUAAAUCUUGAUUUGAAUACAUAUGGGCAUCUUAAAAUUGAUUACACGAGCAGUUGGAACUCACUAAAAAGAAAAAUUAGCAAAUGA